UCCCAGCCUGCUUUUCUUCAGAGAAGCCAAGAUGAGCAAUAAAAAUGAUAUUUUGGGCAAAUAUGAAGGGCAGCGCCCUAAGCUGCUUAAAUACUUCAAUGCAGUUGAUAACCCCUUGAAAAGCGUCGACGAUGAUUCCAUAAAUGAGAUUGAAAAUGAAAAGGAGGCACUGCAAAUCCUUAACAAACGACUUGAAGAAUACAUUAAGGAAGUGGCGAGCUUGGAACAGAAAAAGAAAAAAUUACAACAAGACUUGCAGAAAGAGAGGAACAUCAUCUCCAAAGUGAAGGAAUUUGAGAAAGAAGAGAGAAAAGAACUUGAAGACAAAAAGACUGAGUAUAUCAAACUUAUUCUUAAAUACAAUGAGCUCCAGGUUCGCUAUAAUGAAGAAUGCAUUGAGCUUGAACGGGCAAAAUAUCAAAUUAAGCAAUAUGACAAAGAUAUAGCUGAUGCUAAUGACAAAUAUAAAAAGCUACAGCAAAGUAUAUCUGGCUUGACAAAGUGCACUGAGUUAUCAGUUAACGUCAUUGAGGAAUUUUCCAAAACUCUGCAAAUGACAGAAAAAGAGAAUAAGGUGUUCAAUGAGAGACUAGAGACAGUUAAAAAGGCAGCUGAUAAAACAAAGAAAGACCUGGGUGAGAAAACCAAAGAAUGGGCAGCUCUUAAAAGGGAAAUAGCAUCUCUUGAGAAGACACUUAUAGAAAUGGAGGAGGAGCACAGAACUGAGAUUACAACCUUUGAGCAAGAAAUAGCUACAUAUAACCUGGAGCUGUCCAAAACCCAGAUAAAGAAGGCAAUGACGCUGUCAUCAUACACGUUUUUCAGUAAAGACAAAGUGAAGGAAGAAAUUGAAACAUACAGCAAGCUACUGGAGAGUGCUGCACCGAAGAUGAAACCAAGUCCAACACCUCAGGAUCCAAAAUCUAACACCGCAAAACCUGCUUUGUAGGGCCAUUUACCAAUAAACAUGAACCAACAUGUGGAUUCAUUGCCUAAUUUACAUAUCUAAAUAAAAUAUUUCAAAGUCCUUAAUCAUAAUUAAUCAGUGUUCAAAUGUGUGAUUAUUCAAAUUAUUGUUUUUUUUAGUGAUU